AACCAUUUGACACCAGGUCAAUAACAUUAUAAGGGAACAAUUUAAACAGCUGUAAAGACGACUGCAGGAACAUGGAGGGAAACAUGGAGAUUGUACAAAGAAUUACUAAAGAAGAAGAGAAGUGCAUCAGGAUGGUGCUAGUUGGAAGAACUGGAUCUGGGAAGAGCGCAUCAGGAAACACCAUUUUGGGAAAGAAAUAUUUCAAAUCUACAGCCAGCCCCUCCUCAGUAACAUCAGUGUGUCAGAAGGAAACAGCUGAGUUUGAGGGUCAGAAUCUGUCUGUAAUUGAUACUCCAGGUCUGUUUGAUACACGUAUGUGUCAGAAGGAUGUCACAGAUGAGAUUGCAAGAUGCAUGAUAUUCUGCGCUCCUGGUCCUAACGUCUUUCUAGUUGUGGUCCAGGCAGGCAGAUUCACAGAAGAAGAACAAGAAACAGUGAAACUCAUCAAGAGGAUUUUUGGAGAGAAGGCAAAAAGUUACACCAUGGUGCUGUUCACUCAUGGAGACGAUCUGGAGGAGAACAGGGUUGAUAUAAAUAAUUUUAUAAAGAAUAACCCAUCUCUCCAGAGAUUCAUCUCUCAGUGUGGAGGAGAGCGUCAUCUGUUCAACAACCGAUCCAAGGAUCCGUCCCAAGUUAGAGAGCUGCUUAAGAAAGUUAACAGGAUGGUUCAGCAAAAUGUAGGAACCUACUACACCAAUGAGAUGCUUCAAGAAGCUCAAAGAGUCAAACGAAAAAUUGUUGUGUUCAUCAUGAACCAAAUCCAGGGAAUAGAUGUUAAAGAGGCGAUCAGAAAAGCAGAAAAUGAAUCUAAAUGGGCUCUUUUUACAAGUCUUAUGGUAACCGGUGGAGCUGCUCUUAGGGCCCUAGGUGGUCCUAUUGGAGCUGUUGCAGGAGCCACAGCAGGAGGUUUGGUAGCAUCAGCAUGUCGCUUGCAGUAG